UGAAGCAUCAUCUCAUCUUUCUUUUUCCUCUACUGAAAAACAUAAUUUAAGUGAGAGGCAGAGUAUUAGACAGACUGUUGCUUUCUCUAUAUCAAGCUCUGUACGGACCAAAAUGGGUCAGGUAUACAAACAUAUACUGCUCAUUUUGCUUUUAAUGGUGCUACACAAUACAUCUGGGGGAAAGAAAGGGUCCAGUAGCAAGAGCUACCCGAAAACGCAACCAUCCCAUAAUCCAUCACCGAAGACCAAGACCAAGCCUGACUCUCACAGGAAACCCUCCUCUUCUGCUGAAAGAGGAAACUCAGACAACCCUAACCAGCAGAAAGAUCGAGAUAGAGAUGAGUACAACCUUGGCGGAUACGCUGGCGGUUACCCAGUGAGAACUGGGUGGGACUCGGUUGAAUAUCCUGUUGGACGAGGAUAUCCCAACUGGAACCCCAAUAACAAAAUUCUCAGUCCACACUAUGGAGGCAUGUUUGGAGCUGGCAGGGUCGACAAAGGUGGAUCGCCUUUUUCCCAAUCCGUGCAAAGCAUGGGCUACCGUCCCUCUGUUGAAUCCAAAGGCUUUGGAAAACAGGCAAAGGUAGCUGCAGGUUCUGGGACGUUGACGGGAAUGGCCGUGGGCUACGGAGUCGGGGAGUUUCCACGCCCAAACUUACAAUUCAGUAGCCCUCAGGAGGAAUAUUACUACAACAACUAUAUGUAUAAACGUCAUGGGAUGGGAUCUGGGAAAGAGAAUUACAAUCCAGGUAAAUACGCAACAUCGCUGCUAAACCAGGCUCAGUCAUAUGACCAAUACAUGGACAGAUGCACAAAGCGAACAGACCUUUUCAGAGAGCAGGACACAUUACAUUCUGCAGAUCAUAGCAGUAUUCAAAUAGAUGAGCCAUUGGCUGAUCAAACCAACACAUCUUCGCCCGCAACUAACAAUUCUCAUCUAAUUCCUGCUGGGAGCCUUCUGGAUGAGAAUGAAGACAAUGUGAGCAUCCUAAAAAUUGGUUAUCCUGCACUCAUAGAGCAGAUGAAAGCUAAGAAAUGUGUAGAGUUGUACUUGGUCUACAUUGAUGACUUCCUGGAAAAGCAAACCAGGAUUUUUCCAAGCCACAAUAAUUGUAAUGGACACUCUGAUUUCCUCAUCUGCUUUUUUUUCUCUCUCUCUGCUUUUCAUGCAUCUGCCUACUUCAUGCAUCUAAGUAGCACUUAGUGGCACUGCCCAUGCUGACUGCAUAUAAAUAAUUCAGCUGUUGUACUAUUCACUGUCCAAGUCUACAAAGUCGGAUAGACUAUAUCUUGUUUUAAACUAUUUCUCUUAUGUUUAAAAAACAUAAUAAUGAGAAUAACAUAAAGGUUUUAUUAACUUUCUGAAGUAUCAAUUCUAACUGUAACGUAUUGUCGUCUUACAUUCCAAAAUGCCUUUUCUCAUUAUUGGCUAUUUAAAUAGUAGCUGAAAAUAUAACUGUGUGUAUUCUGUCAUAGCAGAAUUUAAAAAUUAUACAUAAAAUUAUUAUUAUUAUUUUUUAGGACUGUCAAUGUAAGGGUCUUGAUACAUAGUGUAAAAGCCAAAUCAAUGUACACAGAUAGAAAAUCAAUAAAUA